AGGAAAUAAGAGUCCAUAAAAAACGACUGAGUGAGGACUCUCUAUCAAAGAAUUUCCAGUAGUUAGCUAAACGUCACGACCUGCUUCUGGUCCUCAAUGACAGACGCUUGACUUUAAGCUAGUAAGAAUGAGCUUUAGGCUGUGGACAUUUACUUAUUUGUGACGGGAACAAGUAAGGUUGAGUCACAUCAGUCUGUGAAGAUGCCAGCUGGGGUGUCUUGGGCUCGGUACAUCCGGAUGUUAGGAGCCAGUGUUUUGGCCAUGUUUGCAGGAGCACAGGCAGUCCAUCAAUACUACCUGCCUGACCUGAGUAUACCAGAUGUCCCACCAAAGCCUGGUGAGCUUCGAACAGAGCUGCAAGGCUACAAAGUCAGAGAAGAAGCCUUAAAGAACGUUAAAUCUGAAGAAGAUACCCGCUGAUGUGGAUCUACAUCCUCUGUGUGACAGACACUGAAAGAAGUAGAUAGCACUAGCCCCACUAUGUCAUAUGUGGGAUGUCUGGACAUAAAUAUUUUCUGUAUUUGAUGUUUUCUUCUAAUGGGACAAACCGAAGAAGAAUAAUGUGCCAAGCGUGACUUGGAAAGUGUUAUUCAUGCCUUUAUUACCUCACGUUUAGAUUAUUGUAAUUCUCUUUUAAUAGGGGUUGGGCAGGGCACUUUGUCACGCUUGCAAUUAGUGCAAAAUGCUGCGGCACGAUUUUUAACUGGCAGAAGAAAAUUUGAUCACAUCACUCCGAUAUUGGCCUCUCUACACUGGCUUCCAAUUGAAUUUAGGAUCCGUUUUAAAGUCCUUUUAUUGGUUUUUAAAUUUCUAAAUGGUCUGGCACCUGUUUAUUUGGCUGACAUGUUGAAGCCCCACGUCCCCACUUGUUCCCUUCGGUCAGCUGAGCAGUUGCUGCUUUCUGUCCCAAAGUCACGGCGGAAACUUAGAGGAGACAGAGCGUUCUCUGUUGCAGCGCCGAUGCUUUGGAAUAACCUUCCUCUCCAUAUUAGACAGGCUACAUCAGUGCCAGUUUUUAAGUCUUUAUUAAAAACCUAUUUUUAUU